GUGUGCUUGUCUCCAGUUGAACCAGCCAUGGCUGGGGAAAUAGUCUAUGCUGAUUUAAACAUCCGUGGAGAUUCGUCCCUCACCAUCCGACCCCAACCUCCUCACCACCUGAUUUUUCAGGGCCCCUGCAGUAAAGCAGAGACCGGCGGAGGCUCCGUGGCCCCCGAGAGUGACUGGGUCACCAGGAGGAAUGGAAACGGUACAGACUGCAACUCCAGCUUGGCGUCUCACCUAAGACGGCGUCUGUGUGACUCCCCUCAGAACAGCUCAGCAGGGCCCCCCGGGUGCAGACUCUGUGCCCCGAACUGGCUGCUGCAUGGGGACAAGUGCUACUGGCUUUCCAAAGAGAGCAAAAAGUGGAACGAGAGUCGUGAGGACUGCUCGGCGAAGAGCUCUCAAAUGCUCAUGAGCCAGGACCAGCGUGAGAUGGCAUUCAUAAAAACUAUCACGGAGGGGAAAUACUCCAUUUGGAUUGGACUGCACCUGACAACCUCCAAGGGAAACUGGACGUGGGUGGAUGGUUCCCCGUUGAAUCAAACAGGGGUUUCACUAUUGGCCCCCGACACUGGAAACAGCUGUGGGGUGUGGAAGGAGAAUCAGAUUCGCGGUGAAAUCUGCAGUGGUUCCUUUAAAUGGAUUUGCCAGAGAGAAGCUGUCCCGAUAUAAAUGGCAUUAGCGGAUCCCCUGUUUCAUUAAGGGACACACAAGACUAAGGUUCGGGCUUUGGGUAAAGCUCUCAAAGGUGGAGGGCCGUCGCUGAGCCUGGGAAAACGCCACCCUGCGCUCUGUCAGUGCUGGGACGCUUUAGAAAUACACAAGAGAAACAGCGCCCCGCAGGGGCACGUGCACGCACAGAAUGAACUUGUCUGCAUGCGAACGCACAUAGGAAGGGAACACACGCAGAGCUGCACUUUGCAGGCCAUGGCUGUAAGAGGACAGAUCCUCACGAACACAGGCCUCAGAGUGUUGAUUAAUUAUUUUAAUUACAAGCACAAAUAAUCACAGCGUUAGAUACAUUAAAUCUAUACAAUAAUGCCUGUACUGAGUUUGUACCGCUGAUUAGUAUAUUAGCUUCUCCCCCCAUUUUAAUCUUUGCAGUAGGUGUUUCCCACUGGGAUAGUGUGGAGGAGUCACCCAGCUCAUGUCAAAUACAAUAUGCUUCUGACUCACCUUUCUCCCAGCACAGGUCUCCACUCUAGCUACGCAGCAGAAGAUUAGAGUGCUCUGCAGCAAACCUAGACAUUGCAAUGUCUACUCCGGCCCAUCAGAUGGUGCUAGGCCAGGGGGAAAAAUAAAAAUAAACCGAUACAUAAAAGGCAACAACAACAAUACAGACUAGAACUAGCUGGAAAAGCAGCAUUUUGUGCUGCAAAAGUUUCCACAGGGAAAAAAAAAUCCCAAGAAACAUUUUUAACAUCCCAAUCGAACAAUUUAAGGGCAAAACUUCUUUCUCCACUUACAUGUUUUUACUCGUUCCUAAUUUCUUCUGCAUGGGAGACAGUGAGUGAGAAAGAGUUUGUAUGCGUCUGGAUAGGAGGGUAGUUUUUUAAGGAACACUUUCACUUUGAAAUGUUCAUUGAACAUAACAUAUUACUUUCUGAAACGCUCUUAGUUUUCCAUGUGGCUAAAGUUGGAAGGCAGCCAGAAAGUGGAGAGAUGAAACAAAAAAAACAGCACAAUUUCAAAAUUCUAAAAACCACUGGG